CUUUGAGACACGCUCUCAGUAUUGUGUAGCUAUUGGUGCCAGUGCUUUCAGCUCUCAAACACAGAGGGACUGAAGUCUAUAAAACAUCCUCUGCCUCUCACUGUCCCAUCUUAGACACAGCCAAGGGUCAGAGAGAAAAGACGGAAAGGGGAAGGCACUGGGUUCACCCCCUAACCACUAUUCCCAGCUUGGUGAGAAUUUGGAGCUUAAAUCAGAACUUCUGCUGCAACUGUUAUGGUGCAAAGUGAAGCUGCUGGAAUCUGUGACAUAGCAGCAAGUCUUUCCUACUGUGGACUUUCUCGUCUUAAACAGGAAUAAAAAGUUAUUUGCUGGAGAGCAUACUUGAUCGUUGCCAAUUUUUAAGAGAACCGGACGCUGUUGAGAUUUUGACCUGUUAUCGUUGCCAAAUGGCUGGCAUGAACACUGUCGUGUUCGUUGCUGUUCUUCUGAGUUAUCACGUUCACACAACUCACGAACAAAAUGCAUCCUCCAAAGAUACUUCCACUGGAGACUUUAUGACACCGAAUCUAAAAUCAAACAGAAUCCCAACUCCAAAUCCAACGAAAUCCAAAGUCAUGGUGCCUUAUGUCGUUGCGUAUCAGAAUACUGUCAUCCCCCCACCUCAACCCCUUGGGCCAGUAGCACCCCCUCCUCCUAUGUGUGUCAAGCAGACAGAAAUUCGUCAUGCCUUCAAAUAUGUCAACACUGUGGUCUCCUGCAUGAUCUUUGUGGUGGGAAUCAUUGGGAACUCUACACUGCUCCGAAUAAUCUACAAGAACAAAUGUAUGAGGAAUGGACCCAAUGUCCUGAUUGCCAGCCUUGCCCUGGGAGACCUGCUCUACAUCCUCAUUGACAUCCCAAUUAACGUCUAUAAGUUACUGGCUGAAGACUGGCCUUUCGGGGUUGAAGUGUGUAAGAUUGUGCCAUUCAUCCAGAAGGCAUCUGUUGGUAUCACUGUCCUCAGUCUGUGUGCUCUGAGCAUUGACAGAUACCGAGCAGUGGCCUCAUGGAGCAGAAUCCAGGGGAUUGGGAUUCCUUUGAGGAAAGCAGUAGAGGUGACAGCCAUUUGGCUAAUCUCAAUUGUUUUAGCUGUUCCAGAAGCUGUAGCGUUCAAUAUGCUCUCAGUGAAAUAUCGGGGUGAAGAACUGAGAGUGUGUCUGCUUCAUCCAUCCCAGACAUCAGUAUUCAUGGAACACUACAAGAAUGUGAAAGAUUGGUGGUUGCUUGGGUUUUACUUCUGUCUGCCUCUGGCCUGCACAGCUGUUUUCUACACCCUCAUGACGUGUGAGAUGCUGAGCAGGAGGAACGGGAUGCAGAUCGCUCUCAACGAUCACAUAAAGCAGCGACGUGAGGUGGCAAAAACAGUUUUCUGCCUGGUGGUUAUCUUUGCCCUGUGCUGGCUCCCUUUGCAUUUAAGUAGGAUCUUGAAGAAAACCAUUUACGAUGAGAAAGAUCCAAACAGAUGCGAGCUGCUCAGUUUCCUUCUGGUUCUGGACUAUAUUGGGAUUAACAUGGCGUCUCUCAACUCGUGCAUAAAUCCGGUAGCGCUGUACUUUAUCAGUCAGAAAUUCAAGAACUGUUUCAAGUCCUGCUUAUGCUGCUGGUGCCAGCAACCCGUCCUGGACUUGACACCGACAGACGAGAAAGCGUACGCUGUCAAGUGGAAAGCGAAUGGCCACAAACACUGCCUGGAUCGGAGCAGCUCACGUUUCAGCAAUAAGUACAGCUCGUCCUGAACUACUGUUUUUCUUUUUUAAUUUCUGACCCAAACCAAAGCAAGUUAAAACUAUAGGAAAACACUCCCGUUGAGAAGUAGACAUUCCCUACCUGAACUCACCUCUUUCCAUCAUAUAGCGUGUAAAGUCUCUUACAUCAGCUCAUUGCAAGGCAUGCAGAAGAAGCAACCAUCUUCUCCUCUAAGGACCUUGCAGUCCAGUUCCUGACCCUCAUCCUUUUGAUUCUGGCUCGCUCCACCACUUAUUGCCCUAUUGAGAGAGAGAAACAUCAAGCCAAACCAUCAAUUAAACAGUUGUUAGUACUUCCAGCCAGACUUGUCGCAAUCUGCAUUGGCCCAAUGUCUGACAAGGAACUGUGAAGAUCUCGCUGAUUCCAGUGAAUGUGUUGAACCAUAAGACUAUUAAAGCACUGCCAAAUUGGCUAAGAACUAUGAAUAACUUCAGAGACCCUCUGACGCUUGUGCAGCUGUAUUUUCUCUCUGUCUAAUGUCUUGCUCCCUGACUUUUGCCUUACUUUUUGAACGAAUUCCAUUCUGAAUCAAUUUGGCUGCUGUAGGUGUAAAAUUUGUAACUUUGUGUUGCAUGCACUGACCAUUUAACCACUGAGGCCCGCAUAGUGUUUUCCGCUCCAAAGGAUCUUAUGUAUUCAGUGAAUCCUACAUUAAAUGCUGCCUGGUUCUUGCAUUUUACUUA